UCCCGUGGAAGCGACAAAUGAUGGAUUUGUGCACGUUUUUGUGACUUUUCAACUUUUCCAAUAUGGCGGCGCCCUCGGAAAAAAAACUCGUACUUGUUAUCGUAUGGACCUAAGUUCAUAGGCUAUGUAUAAUGGAUAAUACUGUUACAAUGGAUGUUCCGCCGCCCUACAUGAUGGAUAUUGAAGAAAGCGUACAAUUCUUUCUCCAAAAAAUUGACUGUGAGCCAAAGGAUGACAUUGUUGAGUCAUUGGGUGACGAGUUCGACGAGGGUCUAUUGUGUGAAACGAGAGAAACUCUUUUGGAAGCAGCACAAGCUAAAUGGCAGACAGAGGUUGGUAAUAAGUCUAUUGAUUUGGGAUUGAAACUGCGUAGAGGUCCCGAUAAACUGAAGGCGAUAUGCCGAGAUAUAUACGAGUUGUAUAAAUAUUGUGCCGACGUUGAUUCAUCACCAUUCCCACGAUCAGUCCUCAAUGCUUCGACAAUCUCUGCGAUAGAGACUUUUGUUCAAAAAGACACGGUAAAUGAUGGCACCGAUGCAGUUAAAACGGUAGCAUCGUUGGGUGUUAGUGGUCUUAAGGAACAUUAUAUUAUGUUGGUCAACAAAAUAAAGGAACUUGAAAUCGCCUUUGCUGAGCUAAAAAACCAGAAGGUCGUAGUGACAUGUACUGUUUGUAAACACGAAUGCCUGCUGAGCAAUAAGGCUAAUAACGAACACGCAGCAGCCCAAAUUGACGUGGGAUUAAAGCCGGCCAGUUGUGAAAGCGAUAUAUCGAUUCAAAAGCCCAGUGUUGUGAGUAGUUCUGAUACUAAUAGUCCUGGCUCAAAUAACCGUAAAAGCUCUGUCAAGACAGCUACGUCGCCUAGUAACACAGUAACAAAACCCGCAACUACAAAUAAUUGUGCAACGUUGGAUGCUCCCCCUAUAAUGACCACCAGUAAUGGUUCUGAUUGCUCUACGACAGUUGCAUCAAUUCCCGUGGAUCCAAUAAAUUUCCCACCACUAGUGGCUUCAGAACCGAAGCUGAUUGACUCCUCGACGUCUCCUCAAGCCCGUGUCCCCGCAAUUCCUCCAACAAAACCUCAACCUGACAAGGAGGUUAAAGGGAUACCGAAGUCCUCCAAACCAGGUGUCCUCACAUCUGGCAACAGUGGGCGUGGAACUGCAACGACAAAGAAACUAUGUGGAGUUAAAAAUGAGCCAUCGCGUAUAGUGUAUUUGGAAAACAUCUCUCAGGGUAUUGAUGAUUCGGAUGAGACCACAAAGGAUCUAGUGCUUAAAUACGCUCAUGAUUUAGGUUUGAGAAUAAACCAGAUAUAUGUUAUUCAUAACAAAGUUUCCCGUAAUAGGGUAGGAUGUAAAAUAUACGUACCUAGCUCGAUGUUCAAUAGGGCCAUUGAUAGUGAUAUUUGGCCUGAUGACGUGAAUAGUCGUGAGUGGAUUUCCAGACCUCGGCGACAGAAGCAGAGACCCGAUGGUGGCUACUGGGUAGGCGACCAGGAGGAUAGGAUCCCCCCACGUUUCAGAGGUCGUUCCACCUAUGGUUCCAGCAGUAACAUCAAUCGACCCAGACGUGAUGAGCAUCGCAAUCGUGAUGUGAAACAGUACCAUGAAGAUGAUGAGAGGCGACACAACAAUGAUGAUUUCGACAAUAGACGACACUUCGAUGAUGACUACAUGUAUGAUGAGAGGCAAAACAAUGAUGAUCAUGAUGAUAGACAGUACUACGAUGAAAACGACUAUGAUGAAAGAUCUAACAAUUAUAAUAAAUCUGAUAAUCAUAGAAAAGGUGAUAACAAUCGGGGCCAGUUCCUACAGGCUGUAAAGAGGAUCCGAAACAAAUACCAUACCGAGCAGUAUGACGCAUGGAAUGACAGGUCCUAA